UAGCAGUUUGGAAAUUACAUUUUUAAAUGGAUCCGCCCCCUUGUCCAUCAAAAUUAAAACGUUUUAGAAAAGUGCUGUUCUCUGAAGGAAAAUAAUUCAUUUCAAUAUAUUUGAUUUGCUAAAUAUUAUUACCAUUAUCACUACUACGAUCGACGAGCCAAAACCAGCAGCAGUAGGAUGAGACGGGUCAGUUAGAUGGUGGAGGUUAAGUGCAUUUGCUGUGAAUGUUUCACUAAUACACUUGUUUACUUUUUUUCCGUUUGACCGUGUUAUGUGCCCUUUAGCUUACUUUGUAAAUAAUAUAAACAUAAUAUUGGAAUGAUUAUUUUAUCAUGAUGACAGUUGACUUUAACGAUUAUUUUUGGGGUGAAAAAAACAAUGGAUUUGAUGUGUUAUACCAUAACAUGAAAUUUGGUUUAAGUGCCAGUAAAGAAUUUGCAGAAUUCGUUAGGGAAAGGUCAAACAUAGAAGAAAAUAAUUCAAAACUCUUGACAAAGUUAGCAAAACAAGCAGGUAGUUGUUGUUCACAAGGAACAUUUGCUCCACUAUGGCAAGUUUUAAAAGCUUCUGCAGAGAAGCUGUCAUCCUUACACUUCCAAACCAUGCAGAAAUUAGCAGACUUAGUCAAAGAAGUAGGCAAAUAUGCAGACGAUCUUCACAAAAAACAUAAAUCUGUAAAGGAAGAAGAAUCUGGAACACUGGAUGUUGUACAAGCAAUGCAAAAUGUAACACUGAACGUACAAAAAUCCAAAGAUGUUUACAAUCAAAGAUUUUUAGAACUAGAAAGGUUAAGGAAAGAAAGCACUUCAGCUAAAGAUAUAGAGAAAGCUGAGCAAAAGCUAAAAAAGGCACAAGAAGAUUAUAAAAAUUUCAUAGAAAAAUAUAGCACUAUUAAAGAGGAUUUUGAGAAAAAAAUGUCGUUAAGCGUAAAAAACUUCCAAGACCUUGAAGUCAGUCAUUUGGUGAACAUGAAAAAAUUUUUAAAUUCUUUUGCCGACGUUGUGGAGUGGACACACGACGAAAUGGGUAAAGUUCACAAAGAAUUCCGGCAACAGUGUUUAGAAUUAACGAUCGAUCAAUUACUGGAACAAUUUGUGAAAAAUAAAUCGACGGGUCUGGAAAGACCAGGAAUCAUGGAUAUUGAUGAGCCAGUGAUCUCUCCGAAUCAAGAAAGUGAACCAACCAGUGCAAAAUCAUCCAAGAGAGAAGGUAACGGUCAUAGCGACCAAACAGUGCCAACACAUGCCAAAACUUCUCGUCGAACAACUUCCCUGUUAAAUCUCUUCAUGUCUAAUUCACAGGGUUCUCGCGAAAGCAGAGCAGGCCCCUGCAGCGCACCGUCGAGCCCCACAAGUCCCGAGGGCGGCCAACAGUUAACUCGCCACUCUCAGCGCGGAUCUAAGUGGUUUUUGCGUAGCAGGAGGGACAAAGCCAAACAGAAAAAGUCGAAGAAGAAACAGGCCAAGGACAGUAUCGAUAAUCAAAGCAAUAAAGAAGAAAAAUCUGAUGCGGAGGAAAAAGACGAUUCUCAAAAGAGCGACAGGGUUGUAAUGCCCGUCAGCACAGGCAACCAAGAAGUUGAUGAAGACGGUUAUGUCAUAAGACCUACAGUGGCUCACGCGUGGAACGAAAAGAGUAGUUUUUAUUCUUCAUCUGACUCAGAUACAGAUGACGAUCGCGAAAGGAAAAUCCACGUUGAAAUCAAGCCUCUCAAUAAUGGAUCUGCGCCUAUAUCAGCGUCGGUGGAUGAACUCAGAGCCACCGUAGGCAACAUCUAUCUCACUCCGACUGGAUCUUUUGGAUUUAGGGGACAGAAUUUGGACGGGGACACCAUCAAAAGGUCUCAGUCGGUUUCCCAGCAGCUGGGGAAGCCCAGCAGCGAUUUGUUGGGCUUGAAUUUCGUUCAGAGUCCAACGGCGUCCAAUGCUUCCACUCCAACUAGUUCACAUCCGUACGCACCGCUUCAAAGUCCAUCUCAGUUGGCUCUGAAUUCGCCAACUUUGUCCGUUGGAUCCAAAUAUACCGAAUUAGGAGAUUUGUUCUCUGAAGAUAAUGAACUACCUCAGCCACCAACCAAGCAACCCAGUCGUCAGACAUCGACUCCAACCUCAGGAUACAUGUCUAUACCGCGACCUCCAUCGCGUAGAUCUGAAGCAAACAGGGGAUUGAUGCAACAGCAGUCUAGCAGUAUUACUCGAGCUGACAGUAUUAACAGCUUGGAAUUCCGCACGGCCUGUGUACCUGUUGGGGUAUCAAGGGGUCCAUCUCCUUUGACCAUUGGAAUGGCAGACACCAUUCCAUUAGCUGUAGCCUUCCACGAGAUCGUUCACACUUACUUCCGAGGUGCCGAUGAAUCCAGAUGCCAAGUGAAGAUGUCAGGCGAAAUGAUGUUGUCCUUCCCAGCAGGAAUCGUUACUAUACUAGCCAACAACCCAAAUCCAGCAAAAUUAAUAUUUAGAGUUAAGAAUACUCAGAGGUUGUCUUCGGUUUUGCCUAAUACUCAACUUGUUUCACUGGACCCUGCACAAUCUUCGACGGAGUAUAUUGGAGUGGAGUUCAAUAUGAAUGCUUUAAGUUCCUUGUUAAAGAAACAAUCAGAACAAAACCCUAGUGCUUCAUACUUUAAUGUAGAUAUAUUGAAAUACCAAAUUAAAUCUAAACCAGGUGCAAACUCCUGUCCGUUGCAACUUGUCGCUUAUUGGAAGUGCACCAAUCUUCAUACUGAUCUAAAGAUAGAUUACAAAUAUAAUUUGCAUGCCAUGAGCUCUCCUACACCCCUCUUAAAUGUAAACGUAGCAGUACCUAUAGAGGGUAGUUUGAAAAACAUACAAUCUAAACCUCAAGCUCAGUGGCCUACAGAAAACAAUCGAAUAUUAUGGAAAUAUACUGAGCUCUCUCAACAUUCGGAAAAUAACGGUGUGGGAUCGAUGUUGGCCAGGUAUGAUGUUGAAAAUGGUUCUGGCAGUCCGUCUACCAUCAGUGCCCAAUUUAACUGCGAAGGGACAACGUUAUCUGGCAUAGAUUUCCAGCUGGUAGGGGCAGGGUAUCGCUUGUCUUUAGUAAAACGCAGAUUUGUGUCUGGAAAGUAUAUUUGCGACGGAGAUAGAAUAUAUGGAUCUGGAACAGCCACGCCUAAUGCAAGUACCCUGUCUUCAGCCCCAGAACCUAACUGCUAGCGGUCUUGUAAUUUUCGUUUGAAACCUUUUUGAAGAGCCUUUGUUCUCUAAAAUUCCUAGUUCCAUUACCUAUACAUGACAUAUAGUUUAUGAUGCUGUUUUGUAAUCAUAUACAGAUUAUAAUUAUUAUAUAUGAUGUGCCAAAAGAGUUUUUUAUCUUUGAGAUUCUUUCCCAUAUAUCACAAACCUUUUUGGCACACCCUGUAUAUCCCAAAUUUACAAAUAACGUUGAUAUUGAUAUUUCUUCUUACCUUUUUACAUUUAUGGAUAUCAUAUUUUUGAGUUUGUAGUUUAUUUACUUCGUUUUUCAUAUAUGUAUGUAUAUUUGUGAAAAUUAAAUGCACCUAAGAUUCACCAUUAUUUAACCCAGUUAUUUCGUAUUGGAUAGAUAUGCAAAAUAUUUACGUAAAUAAUCAAAACCAAAAAAAAUAUAUAUAUGUUUCUUAAAGGAGUAGUUUCUUUUUUUGAUUUUUUUAUAAAUGAUUAUAUAUUUUCAUUUUCUAAAACAAUGGUGCAGUGAUACUAUUGUAAUGUUUGUAUUUCUAUAUAUUGUAUUGUUACUAUUUUUGCUUAAAGAAGUAAAUAAUAAUAGGAUAAAGAGAGUUUUAUUUAAUUAUUUAAUAAAGGAUUUAAUUUAGAGUGUUUUUUUAGCAAAGUUAACUUGAAUUAGUUAAAUAUAAUAUGUUUUCAACAACAGUUUGAAUAUUCCAAAGGGUAUUAUUGUUAACUAUUAUAUCAAAAAUUGUAUACGUUAAGAGAAUAUUCAUUCCUUUAUAAGAGCUUUUCAACGAUUUAUGUUUAAUUAAUGAAUUUAAAUUACCAAAACCUUGUUUUACUGGUUGCCUAUUUUGUUUAAUAUUUUUCUAUACUUCAUUAAAACAUAUAUUCCAGA